AUGACCGAUGUGCAGAUCCGAAAGCUGUCGUCCCUCCUCCAUGACAUGGCCAGGGCCCAAAAGCUCCAAGCGCAACAGGAGCAGCCCCUUCUCCCUUCGUCCUUCCACGAAGAGGUGUUCCAGCCGGGACGGGCCGCAUUCUCAGGCCCCGUGAUUCAUCAAUCGGCAGUCCAAGCCUCCUUGGGGAAAGGCAAGCCCAUGGGAGAGCUGGCAGCCCACCUCCACCUGGCCUCCUCUUCCCUUCUGCCCGGCCGGGGAGACGAGAAGGCGCAGAAGGGUCCUGUCGGUGUCAUCCCCUUGAUGGAGGCAUGGGCCGACCCGGACUACUUGUACCUCGUCUUUCCCUACGCGAACGGGGGCGAACUCUUCGACUACGUGGCCCAGCACCCGCACGGGGUCGGGGAAGCCAAGGCGCGAGGGAUCUUUAGGGGCAUGGCGAGGGCGUUGCAGGACUUGCACGGGCGGGGGAUCAGCCACGGGGACGUCAGUUUGGAGAACGUGAUGCUGUCCUACGACGGGGAGAGGGAAGGGCCGACAUGUCACCUCAUCGAUUUGGAAAUGGCCCGGCAUUUGGAGGAGGCGGAGGAGGAAGAGGAGGAGGAGCAGGAGGAGGCGGCGAUAGAGGUGGAGUACGGGGAAAGCGGGUCGAGCUGGGGCCAGGCGUUUGAAGCUUCGAGUCCUUCCGUCCCCUCCCCUUUCUCCUCCUCCAUCGGUACCUCCGCCCCUUCCUGGACCCCACUGGACGGCUCCCCCCCGGCCCGUGCCCUCUCGAACCCUUUCCUGACGAUCGCGGGGGGGAAACCGGGCUAUGUCUCGCCUGAAAUCGUCCGUGGCACUCUGCGGGACUGGGGGGCUUCGGACGUGUGGUCUUUGGGCAUUUGCCUCGUCAUCCUCUUGACCGGCCGGCCCCUCUACGCCGACCCGGAGGAUCCCUGCUUCAACUUGCUGGGCCACGGGAUGAUUGCCGAGGUCCUGGGACAUUAUGCUCGGGAAUAUGGCAUCGAUCUGCCCGCGGGAGCCCUCUCCCUCGUCAUCGCCAUGCUCGAUGCGAACCCGGCGGCCCGACCAACCCUCCAAGAGAUCAUGGCACACUCCUGGGUCAUGCAGGAGCCGACGCCGGAAAAGUCCCUGUCGUACCAGCUACCGCAGGGAGCCCGGCUUGGGAGAGGCAGGAAGGUGGUCGCCGCUCGCGGGGUCGGCUGA